CGGGCCCGGCCCCGGGCAGGCUGUGCGGGCCUGCGGCGGCUGAGGCGGGCGGAUGGCGGCGGAGCGGGGAGCGGGGCUGCGCAUCUUCCGCGAUAUAUUAAGAAGAGCAGACAAGAAUGAUGAUGGAAAACUGUCCUUUGAUGAAUUCAAAGCUUACUUUGCUGAUGGAGUUCUGAGUGGAGAAGAACUGCAUGAGCUUUUUCGCACCAUUGAUACACACAAUACUGACAAUCUUGACACAGAAGAGCUCUGUGAUUAUUUUUCAAAGCACUUAGGAGAGUAUGAAAAUGUUCUAUCUGUCUUGGAAGACUUAAAUAUAACCAUACUGAAGGCAAUGGACAAAACAAAGAAAGACUAUCAGGAAGCUUCCAAUUUGGAGCAGUUUGUGACUCGCUUUCUUUUGAAGGAGACACUGAACCAGCUGCAAUCUCUCCAGAACUCCCUGGAGUGUGCCAUGGAAACCACGGAGGAGCAGAGCCGGCAGGAGAGAAAAGAUCCAACAAAACCAGAAGUGCUCUCAGUUCAGUGGCCAGGAAAACGCUUAGCUCGAAGACUUCAGAGGAACAACAGCCUGUCAUCAAAUAACCCUUCUUCUAGCACAGGUUGGAUUGAGGAAGACAGCCAAUGGGUGAUCCAGAUAAACAGACUCCAGAAGCUAAUUGAUAGACUGGAAAAGAAGGACCUAAAGCUUGAGCCACUUGAAGAGGAAGUUUUGGAAGAAAAUGCAAGAUCUCACAUAAUGAUCGUUCAGCACCGAAUGUCUGUGAAAGAAGAAAAAGUGGAGGAAUUCCGUCUUGCUCUGAAGCAGUACCUGGAAUCUGCUUCUGCUCAAGGUGGCUGCCUGCAUGUUUCCAUACAGAAGCUUCCGAGUAAUUUCCAGUUCAUUGUUUAUGAGUUCUGGGAAAACAGCAAUGCCUGGGAUAGCCACCUUCAAAUGAAUUGCAGCAAGGCAUUCCAGAGAAGUAAUGUGGAUUUCUUGGAAACUCCAGAGCUCGUCACAACAAUGCUAGUCCCUGCAUCAUGGUGGGCCCUCAAUAACAACUAGAAGCUGUGGUUCCAAGUAAUGUUAAUGUUGUAUUGUCUUUCAUAACACUAACAUUCAUAUUGCAGUGUACAGGUGAAAUUAUGAUGUGAUAACA